AUGUCAUCGGGUCAUAGAGGCGGCGUGAGGCUGACGGCAGAGGCCGAGACCGACUUCUUUGGGGUGGCGAGACGGCCAACCGAGCCGUGGGGCAAGCGCUUGGCUGGGUGGUUCACCAACAAGGGCUCGCUCUCCAACAUGGCCACCUUUUCGGCCAUGAUCCUCGGCCUCAUCAUCGUGGCGUCUACCCCGGGCGGCGUGCCCGAUCGCAGAAAAGUGACCUGUCCGCCGGACGCUGUCUCGGGCUCCAACGUCUUUGGCCAGUACAUCCUCGCCUUUGGCCUCUUUGGCUUUGCCGGCGGCGUCACCAACUGGCUCGCCGUCAAGAUGCUGUUUGACAACGUGUGCGGCUUGCCGGGCUCGGGCGUCAUUCCCAAGCGCUUCCGCGAGAUCCGUGCCUCCAUCAAGGACAUGUUUCUCAAGACUUUCUUUGAGCGCCGCUUCCUCGAGAACUACCUCGAGCAAAAGGCCGGCCAGUUAACAGCCUCUAUCAACAUCGAAGACAAGAUCCAGGCUCUGCUCGAGUCGCCGCAGGUCGACGCCAUCAUCGACUCCAAGCUCGGCAUGAUGCUGGCCAUGCUCGGCAUCGACCCGGCCUCGCUCAAGCCCAUCAUCAAGCCUUUUGUUCUCGACAUGGGUUCGGACAUGGCCCCACUGCUGAUGGACAUGUUUGACGCAAACUCCAUGCUCAACGUCGACACCAUGCGCGAAGAGGUUGAGCAGAUGAUGGACGUCAAGCUCCAGGAGCUCACACCCGAUGCCGUCAAGCGCCUCAUCGAGGACGUCAUUCGUGAGCAUCUCGGCUGGCUCAUUGUCUGGGGCAAUGUCUUUGGCGGCGUCCUCGGCCUCCUCUCGCGCGCGCUUGGCUACUAGUCGCUCGCGCCGCCCUCGGCUGCAAACUUGGCCGCAAACGCCCGAAAGUUGGCCGUCGGCCGCCCUGUGCUGUUGCACAGAACCGCAAAGACGACGAGUUCAAAAACUCCGGCAAACCGCGGCGAGCGCAGCACGUCUGCAAACACAGCAGCCACCUCGUCAGCUGGGUUCUUGAACACUCCGCACCCAAACGCGCCAAGCACAAUGUGCCUGUGCCCAUGGACGGCCAUCAUGGCCAGCGCCCGCUCAAUCCUUCUCACAAGCGCCGCCUUGCACUCGCCACUCCGGUUCUUGCCCAGCCGCCCGCGAUUUGGCGCUGCGCUCGAGACAAACGACAUUACCUUGAGCUCGGAGCUGCUAGCGAUGAGCCUCCCGUUCGGGUACCGGAAGACUGGGACCUGCGGAACGUAAAGUGCGUGGUCG